CUCUUCAAUUUUUCACACGUGUAGUUUCAUUUUGAACAGCAAAGCCAUCAACAUGAGUUUUGCACGAUAUAAAAAGAAGAUUGAGGAGGGAGAUACGAUAAUUCUGUAUCUCGGAUAUGAAAACAUGCAUGCCGUGACCAUGAAGAGAGGCCAAACGUUCCAGACUAAGUACGGAGCCAUGCGACACGCAGACGUGAUAGGGAUGGACUACGGAAGUAAGGUACAGUGCCCAAAAGGAUAUUUGUACGUGCUCCAGCCAACUCCCGACCUAUGGACACAGAACCUUCCCCACAGGACACAGAUCCUCUACGCCACAGACAUCAGCAUCGUCACCAUGCAGCUCGACCUCAAACCAGGCUCGGUAGUCGUGGAAUCAGGCACCGGAAGUGGUUCAUUGUCUCAUUCUAUUAUCCGGACCAUUGCUCCGACGGGACACCUUCACACAUUUGAGUUUCACCAGCAGCGUGCGGAGAAGGCAAGAGAAGAGUUCUGGGAGCAUGGUCUGAAAGAGUAUGUAACAGUCGCACACCGGGAUGUCUGUCAGGACGGGUUUGAUUUGGAAAACAUUGCAGAUGCUGUAUUUCUUGAUCUCCCCCGACCAUGGGAAGCCAUGUCAAGUGCUAAAACUGCCAUGAAAGUUACAGGUGGGAGACUUUGCUCUUUUUCACCUUGUAUAGAACAAGUACAGAGGUCUUGUGAAUAUCUGCGGGACUUGGGAUUCGAGGAAGUGACAACAAUGGAGUGUUUGCUUCGUAAUUUUGAUGUGAGGACAGUCAAUCUACCUAUUGUAGAUAUGGGCCCAACGGGACAUCCCAGUAAAGAGGACACAUCGCAAAACACAGACCUUAAACAGGAGGUGACUGAGCAAACUACUUCCCAAGUCAAGAAACUGAAAUCAGGAAAUAGGGACUCAACAUCUCAACGUGAACUUAAAAAUGUGCCACCAUGUUUUGAUCUCAUUGGGAAAAAGGAAAGUGAAAGCUUCUUUUUUAAGACUGGAAUAACACCAACUAAUAUGCCAGGACAUACCGGGUUCCUCACCUUCGCCACUUUGUAUCCCUCAUGAGUGAAUGUUUGUUAAUUCUCUUGUGCAGUUAUGAUGCUUAUAAUGAAAUUACUAAGUAUAUAACAGUUACAUCGGUCAAUUCUACCCAGUAACUGUUUAACAUUCUAGUAUUUUUUAUGUGAUACAACAGCAAUUUAAAACAAAUCUUGUGUAAAAUUAAAAUAUAACACCAAUACAA